AUGGGUGCUUCAUUUGUUCCCAUCACCAUAUUCACCGUCCUUUGGGGUGUUGUGGGCAUUGUUUGCCCUAUUUUCGCUCCCAAGGGACCUAACCGAGGAAUAAUCCAAGUGGUAUUAAUGUUAACGGCAGCGACAUGCUGGUUAUUCUGGCUGUGUGCGUAUAUGGCGCAAAUGAACCCUCUCAUUGGGCCCAGACUAAACAAUGAGACUCUAAUCUGGAUUGCUCACACAUGGGUAAGCUUUGUGUGCACAUGCCUGCAUUUGCUUGUGAGAGAUUUCUGGAUAACUCGGUAUUUAAAUAAUAAACACUGUGUGACUUCAUAA